GAAAAAGAAGCUUUAGGGCCCUGAGAGACGCAGCUAACUCUCGCUCCGCCCGUGCCUGACUCAGGAGGUGCUGGGGGGAGGGGGGCAGAGGAGCCGGGGCCCGCGUCCCUUUAAGCAGGGAGUACAAAUGCCCAUCCCCGUCCCUCCCUCCUGCUUGUCCUGACGUCAGGAGGAAGGCGUGUGUGAGUGAGGGGCCUGAGGUGCCGCAUGCUCUCUCUCUGUCUCUCUCUCUCUCACUCACACACACACACACACACACACACACACAGCGCAUCUCUCAGACCCAUCCCCUGCUCAUCAGCUCCAAGCACCAAAGAGGCAGAGGGCUGACGCGGCUGCAGGAGGCAGUGCCAGGACUUCUGCUGCCAGGGAGAGACGGAGCCUGUGGCUGGUGAGGCUGCCGAGCAGGGCCAGGCCGGGCCCUGCCCGCAAGGACGCCCAAGCCCUUCGCCGGCCCCUGCGCCCGGGAGCCCACCAGGCUCUCCGGCCGGCCCCACCAUGACUUCGGAGCCCACGCCGCCCCCGGUCGUGCCCCCACUCCACUCUCCCAAGUCCCCUGUCUGGCCCACCUUCCCCUUCCACCGGGAGGGCAGCAGGGUCUGGGAGCGAGGCGGUGUCUCAUCUCGCGACCUGCCCAGUCCCCUGCCCACCAAACGGACCAGGACAUACUCAGCGACAGCCCGAGCCUCGGCUGGCCCCGUGUUCAAGGGCGUCUGUAAGCAGUUCUCACGCUCACAGGGCCAUGGCUUCAUCACGCCCGAGAACGGGUCGGAGGACAUCUUCGUGCACGUUUCUGACAUCGAGGGGGAGUACGUGCCAGUGGAAGGCGAUGAGGUGACCUACAAGAUGUGCCCCAUCCCGCCCAAGAACCAGAAGUUCCAAGCCGUGGAGGUGGUGCUCACCCAGCUGGCCCCACACACUCCCCACGAGACGUGGUCCGGCCAGGUCGUGGGCUCCUAGGCCGGGUGGCUCACGGGGCGGCCGGUGCGGGUGGGGGUCGGGGGAGCCACACAGGGUAGCCAGGCAGCGGCCAGCGCCAUGCCCCACCGCCCUGGCUGACCAGUCCCCGGGCGGCCUCGGUGUCUGUCUGUCCAUCUGUGCUUGUGGACAUGUGUGCCUCCCCCCGCACCCUGUGACUGUCGUGUGAGCUGGACCGAGGGGGAGGCCACCAGACCUGCCUUCUCUGCUUAUCCACUGUCUCCCCUCCCCUGUCCCCCCCCAACGCCUGUCCACGUGUCCACGGAGCCUGAGGGGCUGUGCCAGGCCAGGGGCUGGGAUUGCCCAGACAAGCCGCUCCCGCUGCCCCUGCCCCAGGCCUGGCUCGGGGGCCAGACUCUGCUUGUGCUACUCACACCUCCACCCCGGGCUGGGGUCUCCUGCGACCUGGAUCCUUCCCCUCAGAAGCCAAGCCAGUGAGUGCUUUGGGGGAGCCCCCCAGCCUCUUUCGGGGCCCCCUGGCCCCGCUGCCAAGGCCCAGCCUUCCUUCCUGCUCUUCCUCAGCAGCGCCCUGGAGGUGCAGGAGGGAAGGGCCUGAGAGCAGAAGGCAGCUGGGGGGCUCCUGUUUGGCAGGCCGGCCCCUCCUCAGCCUGGCAAUGGCUCUGUGACCCCCAAACUGAUGCUGUGUCCACUACCCUGGGCUGAGCUGGGCCUUGCUGCCUCCAUUCUCCCAAGGAGGCCAGGCUCUGUGGGAUGGGGGGGGCCGUCUCCCCCAGCUUGGCUGGAGCCCUCCCCUUUGCCCUGACUCACAGCCUCCACUGACGUUCUGCCUGUGCCCAGCCAUGACGGCUGAGGACCAGCGAUGGGUGGACACACAUCCCCCCGGGCAGGGGCCCCCAGCCUGGGAGACCAGGUCCCUCUUCCCAAAGCCACAGGACAGAGGCUCCUGCUGGCCCCUAAUGGGCCAGUGGCUGAGGUGUGGUCCCUGUCUUGUCCAUCCCUUAAGCUGCGUGGUGUCCUCCCUUUGGGCCAGGAUGUGACGCGUGCAUUCACUCUUGGCCAGAGGGCUGGCCUGGCCUGGCCUGGGGGGCCAGGAGGGGGGGCCCUGCCUCCAUGCCUCACCUUCCAUCCUGAUGGGGGAGAAAUGAGCCUCAAGGGAGGUCCUGCCAGGGAGUGACCCUUAUGAGACCCAGUCUGAGGAAAACAGGGGUGCAAAGGCACCAGAUGGGGAGGUCAGUGACCGUCCGGGAGGAUCCCCGGCCCUGUGGGUGCCCCAGAGGCCCAGGGUGGGGAGCAGCUGAGGUAUGUAACCCCACCCCUGUCCCCACCAGAGGCAGGAAGGCCAGAGCUGCUUAGCUGGGCUGGCCAGCCCCUAACACUCAGAAUGGCCCAGCCUGUCUGCCACCCCACUUAGAGCCAGGCUACUCCAGCAAGGCCCGAGGCCUCUCCCCUGAGGAACAAGGCCCCCUGGCUUCCUUGGUGGAAGGUUUAUCAGUGCAGGUUAAUUCCAGGUGCCUCCUCCUUUGAGGCACCAACCAGGAAGCAGGCUUUCGUAACAUCAGCCCCCAGGGCCACCCCACGCAUGGCCCCAUAGUGUCAGACCUCCUGGGACCCCCGGCCACCUGGACUCCCCCAUCCUUCCUAACACUGGCAAUAAACCCUCAACUGUGACUCA